ACUGUGCAACAUUGAUUGUUUUCCACCUCUAGUCUAUGGAGUUUAUGGUUGCAGAUUUCCUUUUGUCUAACUGCAAGGUUUGUAUCAGGUACAAGCCUGAUGCAAUCAAAGGUGACAUGGAUUCAAUAAGGACAGAAGUACUUGAUUUCUAUGCAAAGCUGGGAACUAAGAUAAUUGAUGAGUCACAUGAUCAGGACACCACAGAUUUACACAAAUGUGUAGCAUACAUACGUGACCUCACACCAAAUAUUGAUAAAUCAGAACUAUGCAUUCUUGUUGCCGGAGCACUUGGUGGGAGAUUUGACCAUGAGAUUGGAAAUAUUAAUGUGCUGUGCCGAUUCUCCAACACACGAAUUAUCCUUUUAUCUGAUGAUUGCCUCAUCCACCUUCUUCCAAAGAAUCACUGUCAUAAAAUCUUUAUUCAAUCUUCUGUUGAGGGUCCUCAUUGUGGACUCAUUCCCAUUGGGAUGCCAUCUGGAAGUACUACAACCACCGGACUUCAGUGGGACCUCAAUGACACGGAGAUGAGAUUUGGAGGUUUAAUAAGCACAUCAAAUAUUGUAAAGGGAGAUAUAGUAACAGUGCAGUCUGAUUCAGAUCUUCUUUGGACUAUUUCUAUCAAGAAGCCAUAGGUUUUACAUGUUGCACACUGGACUGAUUUUUCAGAUCUGCCAUGCCUACACAGAGGGGUCCUAUUCCAUUCAAAGGCCAGAGCUUCUGCUGACCGUUCAUUAUGUUUCAUUCUUUUCAUUUACUCUGAAUUAUGGGAGGGUGGAGGGGAAUUAUUCGUUAAUGUGGCAAAUUCUAUUCAUAAUAACUAAGAAUCUUUUGAAGUUCAGUUUUCAAAGAAGUUAGAAAACUUGUCUUGCAAAUUGCAAUGGACUACUGGACUUCUUGUUGCUGACCUUAGGCAUACAGCACAAUAACUGUCGGUUGAAAUACUUCGUAAUAUGUAUUGGAUAUUGGAAGCGGAUGUACUUGCAUGGAACUGGAGUGUGUGGUUAGCGCUCUACACAGCAUACAGAUAUGGCAGAUGGUUUGAUAUGAAGUAUAUCUGAUCUUAAGUUGUUAGUUAAGAUGUGAGAGCUUGUGAUAUUUUUAUGCGCCUUUAAAUUUAAUUCGUAAUUUUGUACUUCUUUUUC